AUGAAUUCCCGUCGGAUACUACAGGUAGUCCUACGAGCGUCUAUUCAAAAGCUACCCACUACUUCCCGGUUGCCUAUUCGACAUGCCUCCACGACCGCACCUCAAGCCCCUUCCGGUCGUUCGCGAUGGGCUCGCCGCCUGAUCUACGCCAGCAUAUUUGGAGCUCUGGGAGUGGGAGCUGGCGGAGUGCUGGAUAGCAAAAUAUCUUUGCCCCCAUCGCCUGGUUCCACAGAAGAUAAGGUAUUAUUGGAGGAAAUUCAGAGCGUCUUCGACCGAGGUCUUCCGAUCGUGCAGGAGCUACGGAAUAACCCCGAUUAUGUGGAAUCGGGGGCUUACGAAGGCAUGCCGGAGGAAAACAAAGCACACCGAUUAACUUCGAAGGCAUUGGCUGGGAGCAGAGGAAUAGGAUUGCAGAGAGUCUUCUCAAAUGACAAGGAGAAAAAGGUGGUCAGCGUGGUCUUCCUAGGGUCCGGUCUCGAAGGAUGGCCCACCAUGGUCCACGGUGGUGCGUUGGGGACCAUAAUCGAUGAGAAUAUGGGAAGAGCAGCGAUUCGACACCUUCCUGAAAGAACCGGAGUGACUGCCAAUAUGAACAUCAAUUACCGGGCGCCUGUUUACUCGGGUUUCUUUUACACCUUCCAUGCUCGGUUGGACCAGGAACGGAGCACGGACCGAAAAGCAUACACCAUUUGUGAGGUACGCGAUCUGACAGGCCAAGUCUGUGUUGAAGCUUCGGGGCUGUUUGUGGUACCGAAGAAGUUCCAACUUGCGGAGAUUGGGGACCGGUUCUAG